CUUUACGCACAAGUUGUCGGUGUGUGUGGGCAAAUGGACAAGGUGUUUUCCUGGAGACUCGGAGUCUUCCUGUCUCUCACUGUGCUGCGGCUUUUCCCAGGGCUUUUGUUACAUCAAAGUCAUUUACCUUUUUCACCUGAGAAUCAUACGCUGAUGCUGAGGAUGGCCCUUCAUGGAUAGCCUGAAGUUUGCCGUGAUGUUGCUGUGGAUGAUACCCUAAAGAUGAUUCGGUGAUUCCCAGAGAGUCGAGAUGCCUAGGAAAGAAGUAGAAGCAAUCAAGGGCCAAAUGGUGGUUCUGGAGGCCUGGUACACACCCACAUCCGUCAUCGAGAAAAAUACAGUCAUCUGGAUCUUUAUGGCCAGUGACUCCAAACAAAUCAUUUCCUACUCCUCAGGAGAGUUUGGGAUUGGAAGUUCCGAAUUCAGAAACCGUGUUGGCUUUGCCGUGUCCAUGCCCUCCACCAACCUCUCCAUCUACAUCAACAACACUCAGGAGUCCGACUCGGGGCGUUACCUCUGCAACGUCAUCAUUCCUGGAGCACGGGGUCUCAAUGGGGAGCUGCAACUCAAUGUUAAAGUCCCUCCCUCCACUCCAGUGUGCUCUAUGACUGGGGAUCCUGUGCUGCGGGGAAACGUGACGCUAAGCUGUAAGUCCAGCUAUGGCAAACCUGUCCCUCAGUACAAGUGGACCAAGGCUGCUCCUCUCUCUGAGGUCUACUUCUCUCCAAUGCAGAAUGAAAGGCAGGGCACCCUGAGGUUGAGCAAUCUGACCAAAAGCAUGUCAGGAAAAUAUGUGUGCAAGGCCAGCAACACAGCCGGGAGCGACACCUGCCAUAUCAACUUGGAGGUCUCCACGCCCAGCAAUGCCUGGCUGAUAGCAGGAGCCACUGUGGGUUCAGUUGUGGGGUUCGUGGCCCUUGUCCUGUUUCUGGUCUUCAUCUUCAAGAGGGAAUGGGACACAGAAGAGGAAAUGGCCAAUGAAAUCAAGGAGGAUGCUCAGGCUCCAAAGCGGGCUUCCUGGGCUAAGAGCACUACUGCAUCAGACAUCAUCUCCAAGAAUGGCACUCUGUCCUCUAUGGCCAACAGUCCUGCUCCUCAGGACCCUCCUCACAUGCCUAACAACCACUACCCCUACACCCCUGGACGCUGUGACUCCAUUUUCACUGCUUCAGGCGGCACACAUCUGUACCCAAGAGAGCCCAAUCCUCUCCAUGGGCUGCCUGGCUACAACGUCAACAAGAUGCCUACCCAUGCCCAACACCACCACCAACCAAAGAAAAGCUGCACACUCAGGACUGAUGGAGCUCAGCCACAGGCACCAAGCUCCACUCCUGUACUCAUCAGAUCCAUGCCACUCUGUGGCGCUGUGCCUGUCAUGGUACCUGCUCAGAAACAGGCCGGUUCACUCGUCUAGCCCAGUCAAGUCAAAAUCUCCAGCUCUUACCAAGUGGAGCAAAUGGACUGGACGACUCCAUUACACAAGUUCGAGAUUUACAUUUUUUUAUAUUCGAGGUUAGAGUUCUCUUUGUAGAAUAUUAGUAGCCUCUUUUAUAAAAUGUAUUGUAUGGGUUAAGAUCAGGGUGAGUUUUUUUUUUUUUUUGCCUAAAACAGUGAAUUAUAUAUUCAUGUUUUCAAAUUAUGUCUCUCAUCAAGACAGUAUUUUUCAUUUAUGUCAGAAUUUGACACGGGUAACAGCUCCAUUCGAUUUGACAGAUUCUGUUUGUGGUUGUCAGAUUUAGAUAUUUGUCUAAUUCCCAGAAAAAAAUUGAGGAAUGUAAAGAAUGUCUGCUUUAACGCUGGUAUAUAAACAGUUACAGACGUUGAUGGAUGCAGUUCAGUUCUUGUUAAAGUGAUUUGACAGCAGUCGUGCAUUAGGUGUGUUCUACUUUAAAUGUUACCUUGUGCCUCUUUUUUGCUCAGGAGUUUCUACAUUUGGCAGCCCAACUCUUUAACAGCCAUCAACAGAUCUUUCAGUCUGAACAAUAGUUUUUAUUUAAAAAGUUAUUUGUUUCUUGGGUUACUGUGUAUUUUAAAAGAAAAUGAACCCAUUCGUAAAUGUUAUCCAUUUCUAUAAAGGAGAAACAGCACUGUCUUUGUGGUUGUGCACAUUCUUUCCUUUAUUUCUUUCUUUUUUUUUUUUGGAUGAUAAAUAUUUUAAGAGAUCGAUGUCAAACUUGUGACUUCAUGGUUGGUGCUUCAAUUCUCGACUCGGUUUUGUGCAGAUAGAUUGGAAUUAAUAUUGCCACCAAAAAAAGAUGAAUGCUCAGUAAAUAAGUGUAAAAGAAUUUCUCUUUUACUUUGAUGAAUUUCUGAUUUGUGUUUGGCUCCUUUUACUCUGGAGCCUUUAUUCCAUAAUUGUCCACAUGGCGGAAGCAAAGAGGUGAAAAUAUUAACUCAUGAAAGGGAAAACAAAAUUCUCCUAUACAUACUGUAUGUUGUGUUCAUUUCUUUAACAAAUGAAUACUCUCUAGAAUAAACUCAG